AUGCGCGUGUAUCCGCAGAAGUCAUAUCUCAUAGUUGGAAUGGAAAGCCACCACUCCAUCGCUGCCGUCUACUCAUUAUGGCUGGGAGAAGCAGGCUGGCCAGCUGGUCGUGAUGGUCCCGGAAUCCGGCUGGUCAAGGCAAUGAAAGACCUCCUCUCCUCUCCCCCGCUCAUGGACGACGGCGAGGACGGCGGCCCACGCCGCAUCGAGCUCGCCUCGCACAAAGACUUUGCCUUUCUCAUUGCCAACGUGCGCGCCGCGGCCGCCGAGCACCUGCACGCCGCAUUUCCCCCGCAGAGCAACGGCGGCGAGGACGAACUGCGCAACGAAAUUGAAGCCAUUGUCGAUUCUUACAUUGACCGCACAUUUACCCUCGCCGUGCCCAACCUCUCCAUCAAUGGCCUCCCCGCCAACGCGGCCGAUUUUUUCAAGCCCUCCCGCUCCGGCAGCCGCAAGUCCUCUAUUCCGCCCAUGCCCUCGGAAGAGGCCAGCAUCUCGUACGAGCCGUUUGACGCGGAGAAGCGCGCGCGCGUCGCCGCGCUCGUUUCGCAAGAGGAGGCGCUGCUCGAACAAGUCGCCGCCAUGAAGCGCGCCGUGCCGGCCGGCGUGGCUGCCAAGGUCGCCGCGCAGCUCGACGACGCGGCCACGCGAGACGACGCGCAGCUGCAGGGCGCGCUGGAUGCCGCCGCGACGGGGCGCGCCCUGGACGGUGGUGAUGCGCUGCUGCUGCUUCUGCCGCCGCUGGAGAGGCAAGAGGGCGUCGAGGAGCGGUUCCGCGGUGCUGUCGACGCACUGGGCAGGCUCAAGAGAGACAUGCCGAGCGUGGUGGCCAAGAUGGAGCGCGCGCGCGUGGCAGGUGAGUAUGUGCGCGACGAGCGGUGA